AUGCUCUCAAAGUUCGCGUACCUGGUUGUGGCCCAGCUUGGUGUAGCUGCGGCAAGCGUCAGUGGCUCUAAACCUUGUACUUCGGAAACCUUUUUCUCCCUGGAUCUUUCCAACAUCAAGAUUUCCUCUGUUGAUGUCACCUCCAAACACGUCGCUUGGCCAUCCACCUCCGAUCUGACCAAUUCCUACGGAAUCACCAAGAACGGCACUGUGUCAGUUUGCCAGUUGACCGUGAACUAUACCCACCCAGGUUGGAAGGACAAAGUUACCACGUGGAUCACCUUGCCCAUGGAUUCCUGGAAUGAAAGAUUCACAGGUAUGGGUGGUGGUGGCUAUACUACCGGUAAAUUGGUCCAUAACAGCCAGGCUGCAUUUGAAGGAUUUGCUUCUGUAUCCACCGACGGUGGACACGGCGCGUCUGCUACUACCGAGUCUUGGGCUCUGGCCAGCGAGGGCAAUGUAAACUGGCCUAACCUGAAUGAUUUUGCUUCUGUUGCACUUGAUGAUGCUGCUUCGCUGGGCAAGGCUGCUACAAAGAUAUUCUAUGGUCGUCCAGCCAAGUACUCCUACUGGAACGGAUGUUCGACUGGAGGUCGACAGGGACAUAUGAUGGCCCAAAGAUACCCUACUCAGUAUGACGGUAUCCUGGCUGGAGCUCCUGCUAUCAAUUGGGACAAGUUCAUCCCUGCUGAGUACUGGCCUCAGGUCAUGAUGAAGGAACUUGAGCAUUAUCCCUCGUCUUGUGAAAUGAACGCUCUCACUCAGAGUGCAGUCGACGCUUGUGACGAGCUAGACGGCGUUAAAGACGGCAUCAUCUCCAUGGAGGGGCUGUGCCGUUUCGACCCCCUGACCGUUGUCGGCAAGACUGUAAAGUGCACAUCUCCUGACGGGAUAAUCAAGAUCUCAAAGAAGGCCGCUCAAAUUGCGGCUGCCAUUUGGUCUGGUGCAAAGGCCUCGGAUGGAUCUGCCCUCUGGUACGGCCUUCCUUAUGGAUCUCCUCUCAUCUACCUUGGCGGAACAAACUGCACAUCUCUCACAGACUGCAAAUCUCUCCCCUUCUCUAUCUCCUCGCAGUGGGUUCAAUUGUUCCUUGAAAAAAAUAGCACCUUCGACAUCUCAACUGUUGGCUACGAACAAUUCGACAACUUGUUCCGCCAAUCAGUCAACGAGUAUGCUUCGGCCAUUGGAACCCGCGAUACCGAUCUCACACGGUUCAAGGAAGCUGGCGGAAAGAUGAUUAGCUGGCACGGCAUGAAGGACCAGCUUAUCUUCUUCAACGGUACCGAGCAUUACUACCGCCAGGUCUUGGAGCGUGACCCAAAGGCCUAUGACUUCUACCGGUUCUUCCCUGCCCCGGGUGUGGAGCACUGCAGUGGUGGACCUGGCUGGUAUCCGGGUGAAAGCAUGAAGGCUCUGAUGGACUGGGUUGAGAAUGGUGUUGCACCUGAGACUCUCAACGCUGUUGCUACGCCUUCCGCUACUGGAGGUGCGCAGCCGCCAUUGCGCACCGCUGGCUUGUGCCCUUGGCCUAAGGUCAUGACCUUUGUCGGUGGUAACUCUAAUAAGGCUUCUUCCUUUGUCUGUAAAUAG